AUGGAUUGGAACGUGUCGGACGAACUGCCCUUGGAUGAGUUGCCCUUCAAUGACGAGGCUGCCUUUUUGGACAUGAUGAGCUUGAACGGUGUCAUCGAACCGGCGCCAUGGCUCGAAUAUCCUUUUUCCACCUUUACCAACCUUGACUAUAACUUAUCUCCGACUCCUCCUACGACCGGCAGCGCCGAGUCGCCCCUGACACCGCCUGUCCCUCUAAACCCGCAGCGGUUCGCAAACUCCAAUCUCACGCCGAAAGCGAUGGAAGGCGAGACUCAGCCAGUUUCUCCGAUAGUCGUUGGGAGGCGUCAGACGGCCGACCGGCCUCUCAGAUCAGAGUCAGAUCCGAGCCUGAUGAUAAAACCUGACCCAACUGCUCAGCCCAGGCCGAUUUCGCAGCGGAUGACCAUAAUACCCGAGACGGGAAUCUCCAAGCCUGGAAGCCUCGGACGCAGGAAGCGGCCCUCUCUUCGACGCAGUAGCGCCUCCCUUUCAAGUGACGACGGAAACGGUCAGGGGCAACGGGCCAAACAGAUGCACACCGCCGUCGAACGGCGAUACCGAGACAAGCUCAACCAGAAGUUCAGGCAACUCUUAGAGAAUCUGAAAGCCACCGAGUUGUCGACACUACCUGCCCCCGAUGAUCCCAAUAGAAGGAUGCGGAAGGUGGAUAUCUUGGCUGACGCCGUGGGCUACAUCAAUCGCUCAGAGGCGACGAUGCGUCACAUGUCUAGCGAGAUCGACCGUCUCAAUAAGCGACUGAUUCUUUCUCAAAGGUUCCGUGCGGACAAACAGGCGAUUCAUGAACUCUCCCGAACGGCGAGUUCGGAAGAAACCUAA